UUGUCGUCUCAGUCGCAAAUCAAUUAUGGACGAGGAACCGCAUGCACACGAGAACUUAGUCGCCGCAGCAAGGCGAGAAAGCACAAGCCUUUCUAGCCAUAGUGAGGACAGGCUUUCCCAGCAUAGUGCUUCCAAAAAACAGUGAGGACAACUCUUCGCAAAGUCCAGUACUAAGCAAUGAACCGACUACAAUUACCCAAGUCGAGCCAGCUGUUAGUCCAAGAAGCUUUUUUGCUGGAGCCUAUGAUAUUGGUAUUACUCUUUGCAUACAACUUUUCUUCCACUGUGCUGAAGUCACAAAUCAUUUAUCAGAGCUGCACAGCAGGCUUUGGCUAUUCGGAUGCGGUUUGUCAGCUACUGGGGACCAAAAAUGCCACAAAUGAGACAAAAAGAGUCGAGGAUGAAGUGCAGCCAUAUGCAGCUAAAGUUUUUCUGACCAUUAAGAUUGUUGAAUGCGUCAUUCCAGCAUUUUGUGGCCUCUUCGUUGGCGCCUUCGCCGAUCGCUAUGGGCGCAAGCCGCUGCUGCUAGCUUCUUAUUUAGGCUACGCACUGCAAUAUCUUCUCUCGGCCUGCAUUGCCUAUGUGACAAUGCAACGAAAUGGGAUGGUAAGUCCUUGGUUCUAUGUGCUGACCAUUUUACCACUCUCAUUUCUGGGUAGCAGUGUUACCUACUCUGUUGCUACUGUGUGCUUCAUUGGUGAUGUGUCCACUGGCAAAAUGCGAUCCUACAGAAUGAUUGCCUAUGAACUGUGCAUCUAUGUAGGACUGCUGCUGGGUAGCUUUGCCUCUGGCUAUGUGUAUGAAGCUACUAAUGCUUAUAUUAUCUUUGUCAUCUCUGCGGGUUCUGUGUUUUUUGCUCUGUUCACUAUCGCUGGUUUGUUGCCCGAGAGUCUUACCACAAGGCAACAGAGUGUGGCUGCCCGCCAGGAAUUUAUGAUUAUGGAUUUGUGGCGCAGCAGCGCAAGACGACGCGAGUUUAGCGAUCGCUCCAUACUUAUAUUGCUGAUCUGUGUAUUGCUGCUAACGGCUUUUGUGUCGGAUGGCAGCAACUCGGUAUUCUAUAUGUUCAUGCGCGCAAAGUUCCACUGGACAGUGCGUGAGUUCACCAACUAUGAGACGGUUAGCAUUCUGGUUCCAGCUGUGGCUGGUUCUGGUGGCAUGCUCUUCCUUUGGUCGUUGCGUCAGUGCACCAAGUCUGCGAUUCUUUGGCUGGCGAUGAUUUCGCUGCUGAGUCAUGCUUCCAGUAGCUUGAUGAAAGCAUUUGCAUUUGUCGACUGGCAAAUCUACUUGGCGAUCGGCUUGGGAGUGUUUAAAUCGCUGGUGAAUCCAAUGUGCCGCACCAUGAUAACAAACCUGCUUCCCGCCGAUGAACGAGGUAAAGUCUUUGCCAUGAUCAGUGUUCUGCAGACGCUGUCGCCCUUUGCCUCCUCUACGUUGUAUGUGAUCUUUUAUACCCUGACUUUGAGCACAGCACCGAGCUUUUUUAAUUUGAUCAGUGCCAAUUUAUUUGGACUGGCAAUUGUUCUCCUUUUAGUUGUUUGGCGCAAAAAAUCGGAAAAUGCUCCACAUUAUGAAGCCGUGUUUAAGUAAUAAGUUUAAACAUAUUUUUAAUGAAAUAAUAGUGCAUAAGUAAGACUCAACAAAAAAAGGUGAAUUAAUUUCUGCCAGUCAUUUGGUAAUUUGCACAUCGAUUAUAACAAAUUGACUGGUACCAGACAACAGGGAUUACCAUUUGCAUAUUAAACGAACUUCAUAUAUGUUAGCCGUAGAUCUUCAGCCAAUUACAGUGGGGGGAUUUUUGUUGACAAUUCUUAAAAGCAGUACACAAGCUAACAAUUCAAUAAUUAAUUCAUUGUAAAACCACUUUCUAUUGGUUAUAACUUUCGCAUUAUGUUGAAAUUCGAAACAUCGAGUGGUUUAUAUAGUAUAGGCUGUUUUUUUUUAUAUGGGUUAAUAUAUCAAACCAUUGUUGUUAAUUUACGAAAAAUGGCGUGUGCGCCGUAGUCACUUGACAGUGAUGAAUAUCGGAAAAAAUAAAUAUAUAAACCGAAAAUAAGAAAAAAACAAAGUAAACCAAUAAUUGGUGAUAAUUUCGUUCGCUAAUUUUAAAUUAGACGGUAAAUUUGUUAAUUCCCUUGACUUAAUAUUUAUUUGUCGCCACAAAUAAUCAACU